AUGACCACCGUGGACGAUGCUCACAUCUCUGUGCGCUUCAAGCAUGGCAUCCACACUAUUUACCUAUUCGUCGACGCCCUCGCACCCUUUUCUGCCGUCACAAGUGAGCUGCUCGAGCUGCUGCGGGAACGAUAUCCCGCGGGACUGACGACUUCCGUCGCUCCUCCGAGGCAGACGUCCAUUCCCGCCGACGCCAGACUUGCCUACGCAGUGCUGAACAUCCCCACAGACCCUUCCAGAGGAUGGAGGAGACUUAAGGUCGGCGGGGACGAGGAACACACGCCGACAAAAUGUGGCUUGAAGAGCAACAGCAUUGUCGCCUUCAGCCUGGUCAGUGAAGACGACGUCGAUGACGAGGUGCUAUUCGAGGUGGAGUGGCCCAGGGAGGACGAGGAGCUCUAUGAACAAGGCGGAUAA